AUGAGGUGUUUGAGGCGUGUAUUGAAGCCAGUGGGAUUGGGAAAGAUCGCAAAGCUCAUCAAUGCAGGGAAAAUAGACUCCUCAGAGUUGAUCACAAUGAAAACUCUCAAGGAUGCAGGGGCAAUUGGAAAGCAGAUACGAGAUGGAGUGAGAUUGAUGGGACGUGGGGCUGAACACGUAACAUGGCCCAUUCAUCUUGAGGUUUCGAGAGUAACAGUUAGAGCCAAGGCAGCAGUUGAAGCUGCAGGUGGGUCUGUGAGGAGGGUGUAUUACAACAAAUUAGGCUUUCGGGCACUGCUCAAACCUGAGUGGUUUGAGAAGAAGGGCAGGUUACUCCCAAGAGCAGCAAGGCCCCCACCAAAGCAAAAAGAUAAAGUUGAUAGCAUAGGGCGUUUGCCUGCUCCAACGAAGCCAAUUCCUUUCUCACCUGAAGAGAAAGAGGCAAUGGCUGCUCCACCUGCCUGA